AGCACAUUCCAAAACAUAAUGCUUCACGUAAACUAACUGCUACCCACAAUUAUCACAAAUUAGCCAACUGCGCCUCCAUUCAUCUAAAUAACCUGCCAAGAUUAACAAGAGGGAGCUGAAGUAAAUGAUGAAAACAGAGCAAGCACUAGGUCUGGUAUCAACUAGGGGAAUUGGAUGGAGGUUCCAUUCCCUUAUAGCCCUCUUAAUUGGGGCCUUAAUCAUCAUCACAUAUACUUAUCACAAAGGAGAAAGAAAAUGGAAUAUUGUUGGAGACGAAACAAGUAGCAAUAACUUGUUGCAGGGCUGCAACUUGUUUUCAGGCAAAUGGGUUUUUGACAACAAGUCCUACCCGCUGUACGAGGGGCAAAAGUGUCAAUUCAUGCUUGAUGACUUUGCUUGUGACAAGUUUGGGAGAAAGGACUUGAAGUAUCAGCAAUGGAGAUGGCAACCUCAUGAUUGUGAUCUUCCCAGGUUCGAUGCCAGAGCUUUGCUAGAGAAGCUAAGGGGGAAGAAGCUUGUUUUCGUGGGAGAUUCACUGAAUAGGAACCAAUGGGUUUCACUGGUAUGCCUUGUCGAGUCCUCCAUCCCUCAUGGGCUCAAGUCCCAGUCCACCCAUUUCAAUGGCUCCUUGUUCACCUUCAAUGCAAUUGUGAGUCCAAAUUCGACAUUUUAGUUUGGAUCAGGCUUGUCUCUGGUAGUCGUACUCAGGCGGUUCCGAUUAUACGAAUACUUAUUCAAGUAGGGUUUAUCAAAAUGACCGUAAAAACAAAAACCGGGCUGGAGUCAGGAAUCAAA